CUUAUCAGAUAGAAAUAAAUUAUUAAUUAUCACCGUAAUUUAGUUAAUUAGAAUACCGGUGUCUUCGAGAAAACUUACUUAAUUUAAGCUCAGGAAUGCACCCUUGAAAUUAACGGAAAUAAAAGAAAACACGGUGUAAAAUAUAUUACGGCAACAAAACAUUCAAUUUGAAUUCCGUUCAUUCGUACGUUUUGUUACUUACACGAAAGAUGUCAGAGGGCCUACCGCGAACCACGUUCGACGUGUUGCCUCCCUGUCACAUUUAGCUACGAAUUUACAAGUGCAAUAGAGAGGCAACACGUCGAACGUGGUUCGCGGUAGGCCCUCUGAAAGCUCCGAGUCCGGCCCGUCGCCGGUCAACUCCGCGCCGUGGUUCAUUCCCGUUCAGAUCACACAGUCAUUCAUUCAUUAGUUCAUAACAUUCAGUCAGCGCCCGGCGAUAGUGACAAGUGGACGUGAGGAAGAGCGUUGUGCCUUGUGUCCUUGAUUGUGUUGUUGUUCAAAUGUUAUUAUUAUUACAAUGUGUGCAGAGAUUAUUUCAGUGGCAAGUGUUGUUCUGUUAAUGAUAUGUGGUUAGUGACAUUUUUGCAUUGAACGUAAAUUGGAUUUUGCAUAAAACUUUGUUGCAGAUGAUGUCAACAUGCAAUGACACCCCGACAAUGGAAAAUAGUAGUAUUGUUGGCGAACUAGCAGAGUUUGACAUUAAAGCUCCAAUCAGUGUCACAAUUACUUAUGAUGACAUUGAUGAAGAUGAGCCUCUUAUAAAAAAAGAAAUCGUGUCAAAUGACUAUCACGAGGAGGAAAUUCAAGAAACCGUUGUGUCUGAGGCUGCCACUUCAUCCAACAAAAUAACUGUUGUGUCUACUUUUUUCCCCAUUUUGGAAACAAAACCAGAAAUCCAGGCAGAAACUCCUGAUCCCUGUUUAUUUAAUAAGAAACAGUGCAACGAUAUCAACGUGCAAAAUGUUCAAGACGCUCCUCAACCUGAUAGCCUAAACGAUAUAUUAUUAAAUAGUGAUACAUCGAGAAAACGAAAAACUGAAAAUUUGGAACUCUGCAAACCAAAGCAGUUCAAAACUGUACAUAAUAAAUCGGAUAAACAUAAGUAUGACAAGGAAAAGUCAGUAAUUCUCACAACUCACACCGAAAGUGAUAAUAUUCAAUCUGAUCUCAACAUAUCUUCCGGUGACUCCCAAGAACAUUCCAAUGUUGUGCCCUCUCUACUAGAGUACAGUCCUAGCAAUAAAGAGGCUACCAAUAAGCAAUCUGAUCUAUCUUCAUACUUAAACAAAUUCUGUCCAAGUGAAAAGGAUAAAAUAAGGUUGUACAUAACAGAAUGCUUAGCUUCGUUGUCCGAAAACAUGCGAUGUAUCAUGCAAGCCUUUGUCGCCUAUAGACAGCAACACAUUUCUAAAGAAGAGUUUAGAAAAAAGAAACAGCAAUAUUUUAAUUUAUCUCACAAAAUGUUGGUAAUAAUAAUGUUACCGGAAGAAAAGAACAAGGAUUUUAUACACACUUUCCUAAAUAACACGCUACAACGUGGUCGUAAAAAGUGUGGUCCUUAUUUUAUGGCAACGCACCAAGAUUAUGCGAAUCUCUUGCAUGAAAUGGUUAUGUGGGCGAAGAUGAGCCAGCAACCAAUUCGAUCAGCGGAUAUUUCUGCAAAUGAAAAUGAAAAGUCUGUACCACCAAUAACUACUAAAAGUGUUGUUACAGUUGGCCCAGAAUUUAACAAACAUCCAGCACAAGACAACUUACAGUCUAUCAUUAAAACACAUAAAAAUAGUGGAGUUGAAAAAAAAUGCAUAUUUUCAUCUGGUCCGCCUGAAAGAGCAUUAAGAAUUGACAUGGAUCCAAUUUUACAAAAAUAUUUGCACAAUACUUCCCACUAUGGCAGUAAUGAGACAAAUGCAAAUGGGCCACAAAAUACUGAAAGUAAUAACGGCACCCAGUUACAGACGGCCGUAGCGUGCCUAACUAGAUUUGUAGCCAAUAGCAGCCAAUCUUCAACCAUCCCUAUUCAAGCCAAUCUUCGUCCACCGGUUAUCCAACCAACGGCAUCGGUAAGCUGUAAUCAACCAACUGCUGAACAAGAACAAUAUCCCACGCUUUCGUCAAACAUCGAGAGUUAUACCACGAGUAACAUGUCAAAUUAUAGCGUUUUAACCCAUCAAAAGACUGCGACACCUCAGCUACAAAAGCAAUUAGCAAUGCCACCAUUACUUGGAUAUUUACAACAAGUAAAUCAUCAACCACCUUCAUAUGAGUCUCAUUUUAAAACACAUUCAAAACAGGUGCAGCAAGCAACUAUACCUUAUGAUCAGUCUCAGCACUUGCGUACACAGUCCAUUCAACAACAGCAAUUGCCGUUGCAAUAUAACCCAGCGCAGUAUCAACAAUCUCAAUAUAUACUAUCUCAGUCGGAAUUGGAGUACAGUCAAACGUGGCAACCAGGCCAAUCGCCUUUACCUACGCAACAAUAUAACCAAUCAGGACAAGCCCAAGUCGGACUAUUGCAGCAGGACCAAUAUCAACAACAACAUCCAGCAGAUAGCUGGCCGACCAUGGAAGAGCUCCUUUCAAUGGAAUCUACACAACAGCUUCCGUAUCAGUCAAGUAAUGAGCAAAUAAAAUCAUUUGGACAAUGGCAGUCAAGACAACAAGCCCAACUACCGCAAGCGUCUGCAACAGAGUGGCACCAACAGGGGCAGGUUUACCAAGGACAGGUUCCUUCACAGACUCAGAAAGGGACUCCCCGUUCCGCUUCCACCGAUAGCGGAUUUAUAAGCCCAUUGAAUUUCAACGUGCCUACAGACCAAAAAGAUCCAACGAUCCCGACAGUAUCUCAUGGGGCCGAAACCCCCAUGCCUAUGAUAGUACACGUCACGUCCCUCAGUGACAAAGCCGCCUAUAUAGACAUGGGCACAUGCGUGGUAUGCAAGAAGAGCACCAAGCAAAUGUGCAUGGGUUGCAUGAAGGUCUACUACUGUAAUUAUCAAUGUCAGACUCUCAACUGGGCGGAGCACGCGCCUCAUUGUUCGCAGCAAAACACAAGUACAUAAUAGAGUUUAAAAACCGCAAAUUAAAGACUUAUAUUACUAAUAAAAUAAGAACCAGUGUAGUAGUAUAACUUUAAAAUAAGAAGACAUGAUUGUUAUGUGUUCAUAAUUUGAGCGACGUUCGGAGUUUAUAAAUCUUUGAUAUAAUUAAUAUAAUUAUAUUGGUGCUAGUGAGAAUAAUGUCAAACCAAUAUAAGUAAGAACGCUAAACACGAAUCAUUUCGUACAUUGCCCGCCUGUUCCUAUUUCUAUAGUGCUAUAGUAGUAUUGCUGCCCGGUCAUGAAGGUUUACAUAAAGUGGAAGGCACAAUGAUUUUUUUACCAUACCAAAUUGAACCUUAUCAUGGAGCCAGAAAGGUGCUCGUACCAGACUAGAGAAAACGAUCCACAUGAGAUAGCAAAACCAGAUCCCAGAUCAUCGGGAAAACAAUAUAAUUAGGCACAUGCCAUAGAGAUAGGAACAGGCCGGUGAAUGUACGAAAUUCUUCGUGCUAAGCGUCCUUACUUUAGUAACUUUUGUUCAAAUAUAUGAAUAUGUAAAUUUCAAAUGGCGCUCUUUUGUAAAUAUUAGAUAUAUUAUCCUGCCGAACCUAGUUUGAUUAGAAAUUGUAAUGAUUUGCCCGUGCCAUUGAAAAUGCAAGAACAAGAAACGUUCUAGACUAGUAUUUUUUAUACAUUUUUUUUUGUAUGACUAUAUUUUGUGAAAGUUUUAGUAUUAAAUUUGAUCUAUGAAUUAUAUUCAUUAGUAUUAUAUAUGGAAUAAUAUUUACAACAUCAAUAAAUUGCUCUGAUAAUUAGAUUAAGAUAAUUAUAUGUAAUACUGUCUUACUAUUCAUAAGUGCUUGUUGCUAGGCCUACAUGAAUAAAGUAUAUUUGAAUUGAAUUGAAUUGAAUUGAACUGUUAAAAUAUGAAGUCUAAAUUAGAAGCGAUAUAUUUAGUUUUUGUAAGAAUAUGAAUGGAAGUUUAGUUAUUUUUUUUAGCUAGUCAUAGUAUUGUUUAAGGUAGACGAGUAAUCAUUUCAAGCGAAAGGGCAUCUCUAGUCUAGGUAUUGUCCGUAGUUAAGUCUCCGCCAUUAAGAUUCAAUUAGAGUCAGACCAAUCUAAGUUGGCAGCGAUUUGGAUAGCCCAGCCUGUGCAAGGGUGGUGUCAUAAUUUCAUAGAUUUUUGAUGUUCAAAAUAACACUUGCAUUUUGGCUGUCAAAAUCGCUGCCAACUUAUCUUAGUCUGACUCUAGCAAUAUAUUUUAUUGAUCGACAGUGAUACCUUUUGUCUGAGAACGUAUUAUACUCUAUAUCCAAAAUAAGUAAUAUGCGGUUUUGACUUACUUAUAAUAUUAGUGGCGGUAAUGCUAUAACUUUUCCAAAUUUUAGCUGUCUACGUCAAACGGUUUCUGAGAAAACCGUAUUUAACUGAUUUGCAAGACCAAAGUGAUUCCAUGAGUGUUCCGUAAACAAAGUUUUGUACGGAACACUAAAAAUAUAUAUAUUCAUAAGAGGUGGCGCCGCCGCCGAUGCCAAUUAAAAUAGGGACAUCGCGCCAAUCUUUCGAUUCGAUCUUACACAACACGCUGUUAAGACUUGUCGAUAAUCGAUAACACUUUUGCUACGUACUACACGAAUAAUUUCAAAUACAUUUAGAAUCGGGAUCAAAUGUACAGUCUUCCAUAUUAGGGUGUUACCACACCAAUCGAUCGAUGGUAGAAUGAAACAGUCGACGUCGAUCGUUAGUCUACAUUGGUCUACAUAGACCAAUAGGUCGAUCGGCGUUCGAUUGUUUCAUUCUAUUAUCGAUCGAUUGGUGUAUUUCCAUACCCUAAAAUAUCACUCAGAAUUUAAUAAAUGUUAUCUUUUAAUUAUUUUGUUAUAUGAUCUGAUUUACGAACGAAUUUAAAGGGACUCUUAACACGUUCACUGUCCCAAUCUGAAUUGUUAAUGUUACGACUUUGUAAUAGAGGCUUGCCGUGACCCAUAUACGGGGCACGGACAGUAAACGUGUUAAGGCUACUCCGUACUUCAUACACACUGCGAAUAAAGUCAAAUAAAAAUAAUGUCAGACAGAAUAAAUAAAUGAAUAUAAGUAGCUUGUUAAUUAUUUGUUAAGUACUUACCCUCAACCGGAGUGAAAUGCGAUGGCGAGGUGAAUAGGGUGCAUGCAAUAAUAGUAGAUUUUGCAUGAUACAAUUUGUGUAAGUAGUUCUGAAGAAAUUAUCUGGUAAAUGUCUUUCCCGGUAUUUACCCCUGAGUUCUCGUAAUCAUGUCAGAUUAAAUAAUACCAAAACUUCCUUAUAAUAUAGGUAUUGUUCAAAUAUAGCUAACCUCGAUAUAUAAACAGUUUAAUAAAAAUCCUGUCAAUGUUUCAUGCACAUUCUAUGUAUCAAACUACAUGAAAUCGUGUUGGCCAUUUCGGUUUGUUGUAGAGUCGGACUGCUAACGUCGCAUAGACGUAACAAUGACUGUGUUGAAGUGUCCCAAAAUACGUCAACUACUACUAUGAAAACUUGACAUUAAUUAUAGGCCCUGCUCAGAGGAAUAAUACUAUGGAGGUGACAAGGGGAGGGCGGUAAUCGAAAAAGAUGGUUCUUUCACCAGAGAAAGCGCACCCUAUUAUAAUUGUAUUGUUUGUCCCUGUCAUGAUCUCACUUUUCAUUUCUGCCUCGUAAAAAGUCCCACGUCAAGACGGUAGACGUAUUGCAGUUGUUCCUACUAAAGCUUCGUGGACUUAGUUUACUUGUGUACAUACCAACUCAAAUAUUUUGUGACAAAGCGAACAUAAGGCAACUUUUAUAGAAUUUUAGUAUUAAAAGUGCUCUUCGGGAGCUCACAUGAGUUCUAGCUCUGAAUGUCUAUGGUUCAUGAUUAAUUUUCUAGGUAAUUGCCUAUGCCAAGAAAAUCUCUCAAUAACUAUAAUAAUCAUUUACCGGAGCCCAAAGAUAUUCACCUAAAUUUAUUUCACAUUCAGAUUACGAACUGCUAGGUGUGUGAGAUCCCUUAGAAAGUAGACUUUUUCAUGACUAUCGAAACCCACAAGUAAAGGUACUGUCUGGUUCCAAUUUGGUGUUAUAUGUUUGACGCCAAUGUACGUUUGUCUGUGGCAUCAUAGCUCUCCGACGGAUGGGCCGAAUUCGAUGCGGUUUUUUUUUACCUGAAAGCGAGUUUUCUUGGGGUUCUUAGCUAUGGUUCAUAGAAAUCGAUCCAGCAGAAGAGUAUCAGCCAUUUUUGGCUAAAAUGGAUUUUGUUGGCAUAUAGCGUAGCGUAGGGGUAUUAAGUUAUAAUACAUGUUAGAGAGUAGUCUAAAAUAACGGACACGUAUUAUUUUAGAUACGGGAGAUAUUGUCCUCCAAAGUACCGAAGUGACUAAACCCUCUAACUUCUGUAGAGUUUUGUUCAAGCAAAUUAUGUUUGAGAACGAAAGAUAAAUACAUGAUUGUUAUUUUAGAGUCCUCUCUAACAUAUGCAUAUUAAAAUAAAUUAAAUCGGAGCCGGACAAUUGACUACCCUUUUUUGUAAGUACAUAAAUAUAUCGAAAGACUAAGUCAAGUACCGUCCCAAGGACAAUAUGAGAAAAGUCUUAAUACUACAUUAGUACUAAUUUCUAUUAUUCAUAAGAGAUUUUUAUAUAUUUUUACAUUCUUGCGAAUAAACGUUGAACCGUUUA